CGUUUCAAACCACAUAGUAUAUUAAACCCCGCCAUGAAACCUUGCACUUCCUGCAACUCCAUACCAAUCACACGUCUCAAGUUCAACUCUUUCCUUCUACUUCUCACUCUCACUUCCACUCUAUGUUCCUCUUUGACUCCACCACUCAUUUUGCCCCUCAAAACUCAAGAAAUUCCAUCUGGGUCCUUCCCCAAGUCACCCAACAAGCUCCCAUUUCAUCACAAUGUCACCCUCACCGUCUCCGUCACCGUCGGCACGCCGCCCCAGAACGUCUCGAUGAUCAUCGACACCGGAAGUGAGCUCUCCUGGCUUAACUGCAACAGGACCCGAAACUUCACUUUCGACCCGACCCGGUCCAGUUCCUACAAGCCCAUCCCGUGCUCCUCGUCCACCUGUACUACCCGGACCCGGGACCUAUCCAUACCCGCCUCCUGCGACGACAAAAAGCUCUGCCACGCCACACUGACCUACGCCGACUUCUCGUCGUCGGAGGGGAACCUCGCCGCCGACGCAUUCUCCAUCGGAAGCUUCGAGACUUCGGGUCUGGUUUUCGGGUGCAUGGACUCCAUAUUCGACCCGAACUCCGAGGAGGACUCGAAGAACACCGGGUUAAUGGGCAUGAACCGCGGCUCGCUCUCUUUCGUAACGCAAAUGGAGUUCCCGAAAUUCUCGUACUGCAUCUCGGGGUCCGAUUUCUCGGGAGUCUUGCUUCUCGGGGACACCAAUUUCUCGUGGGUCGCGCCGCUGAACUACACUCCGUUGAUCCAAAUCUCGACCCCGUUGCCGUACUUCGACCGCGUCGCCUACACCGUCCAACUGGAAGGCAUUAAGGUCGCCAACAAGCUCCUCCCGAUACCCAAGUCCGGGUUCGAACCCGACCAUACCGGGGCGGGUCAAACCAUGGUCGACUCGGGCACCCAGUUCACUUUCCUUCUCGGGCCGGUUUACACCGCGCUCCGAACCGAGUUCCUGAACCAAACCGCCCACCUUCUCCGGGUCUAUGAGGAUCAGAACUUCGUGUUCCAAGGAGCUAUGGACUUGUGCUACCGGGUCGGGUUGAACCAGUCCAAGCUUCCGCAGCUACCUUCGGUGACGCUAAUGUUUCGGGGCGCCGAGAUGAAAGUCACGGGUAAUCAGUUGCUGUAUCGGGUACGGGGCGAGGUGAGGGGUAAUGAUUCCCUGUAUUGCUUCACAUUUGGGAACUCUGACCUUUUGGGUGUGGAGGCGUUUGUGAUUGGUCACCAUCAUCAGCAGAACGUGUGGAUGGAGUUUGACCUCCAUAACUCUCGCAUCGGAUUGGCUGAGGUGCAGUGUGAUUUGGCGGGUCAGAAAUUUGGGCUCAAUGUAUGA